AGUUGUCAUUAAUUUCUUAUUAUACUGUACUUCUUUAUUUUAUUUUCUGGAAGAUGCAGGAGAAACAAACUUAACUUCGGCAAGUUAAAUAAACUUGUAGAGAGGAAAAAAUGUCUGGAGUACCAUUCGAAAAGCCAUUACCGCAUAUUGGUCUGGCAGAUUGGUUUGCCAAACAAUGGGACAUACAGCAAACCAACGACACGCGUUCAUCAGACGCUUUCAAGUUACGACAAGAAGCACGAUUACUCAGAAAUGAGACCAACAUCAAAACAAAUUGGGACACUUACCACAACAAUGUCAGACUAGGGGAUAGGGUUACAGAAUUGGAUAGGUGGAAGGAAAUGUUGGAGGCAUGUCUUCAAAGAAUAGAUGAGGAAGUUAAAUUGCUUAAAGAUGAAAAAUUCGAAACGGAAAAAGAGAUAGAAAGGCUUGCGGUGGCAGCAGCAGUAGUUGCAGAAUGUAUCUCCAUGAGAGAUAAUAGGCAAGGAGGAGAGUUGACUUACGACGAAGGCGAUACGGAGCUGAAAAAGGAAAUUUGUGUCCUGGAAAGCGCUAAAAAGAUGUUGAUGGAACGAUGCCAAGCUGUGUGGGAAAAAAUUAACAAACUCAAUGAAGUUCGAUUCAAGCUCAACUUGGACAUCAACGACAAACACGAAGCUAUUGAAAUCGAUAAAGAUCAAUUGACUUUAGAUAAAAAUUGUGCUAAUAUUAGCUUCAAAACUAAACCCUGUAGACGGGUCGUUAAGAGUUCCGUGUCAUAUGAAACUUGGCUAGAACACAGUCGCCACGUCAAACUUUUAGCUGACAAUGAAUUGGCAGAUACUUUAAAGCUGCGCGAAGCCCUAUUUGUGGUUAGGGAACGCGCUAAAAAUGAUAUGUUGGCGCAGCGCGACAGAGUGGAUUUUAUUUUACGCAAGCGCAUCUAUCAGACUCAGAAAGCACGCAACGAAAUCGAGUGGCAGCAAUUCAAGAUGCGUGAUGAAAUGGAAAAGAUUGAGAAAGAAAUCAGAACGCUGCAAGAUGCCUUGGAAGCCAAAUUUGAUGCUCUAAAAUUGGCUGAAACUAGAUUACAAAAUCGAACCCUUCGUCCAGGUUUUGAGAUGGCCCGAGACGAAGUCGAGCACGGUCUGAAAGAAGAAGUUUUCCAGCUAAAACAAACCAUGAAAGAUUUGAACGAUAAAAUGAUGUGUGCCAAAGCUACCUAUAACGCUCUGGAAGACCAACAAGUCAUUAUUGACAGGGAGUUGGAGAACAAAAAUCAAUCGUUAAUGACCGAUAUUCGAUGCUUGGAUCUGAGGGCUCCCUUGAAAGAGGGUAACUUUGCCGGUCCACAAACUCAGACUGAUAGGAAUAUACAAUUGACUCGAAUGGAGAAAGAAAUUCCCGCAACGUAAAAAAAAUCCAUCCAGAUUUUGUUCAUUUAAUAAACGCAUCUGUUUUAUAUUAUUAUGUCUGGGUAAUAAUAUGAUGUAUGUAUAGCUUUUCGAGAUAUUUUAAAAUUUGAAAAUAGCGGGUUUUGCAGUAAGACAUUUUUACUGGAGGAGCUUAGCAAACC